AUGCCGGGAGAAGUCAUCAACGUGGAUGAUCUCGCAUAUCCAACCGGUCGCACUGUCGAUGAUGAUGACGUUCAGUUGAUAUCGCAUGCUCCUGCACGGCGCUCUCAGGAGCCAAUUGUGAUCGAGGACAGUGACGACGACGUCGAAAUUGUUGCAGGGCCCUCUCAUCCGCAGCCUCACAAUGCACGUUCUGAGAGACCUGAACCAAUUCGUCGCCGUGUGCUCUUCUCACCUUCUCCUCCACCGCAGGAUUUAAAUAUUCCACCAGUGCCUCCUUUGCCACCCAAUAUUCGUUUCGCUAGACCGGCUCGCUGGCGAGGCCCUCCUGACUUUGCUGGUGUGAUUCGGCCGUUCGAUCAACCCUUCGCAUUUGAAGAAGGCUUGCGAGCCCCGCCCCGAUUACCUCCCAUACGUAAUUUGCCGCAACAGGUGGAACCCGUUGCAGGCGGCGCAAAUGCUGCGCGUCGUCCUAACAUGGGUUUAGGAGGUGCUUUAUUUGCUUAUAAUCGCCGCAAUCGAUUUGAACCUGCUUAUCCUCCAGCCCCACCGGCUCGAGCUGAAGAAAAUGUUGCGGGUUGGCGCAAUAUUUUCAGUAAUUUCGGUGUAGGAGCCUAUCGCAUGCUCUUUCAACGAGCCGCCGAUACUCCUGAUCCGCCUGAUGACUUCGGCAAUGAGGAGGCAGCUAUUCUAGCAGCACUUGCUUAUGAAGCCGAAGACCUUUACCCACGAGCUAGGUCCCGGCAGUUUCGACCAGUCCCUAGACCCGCACCUGCUCGGGCCAACAAGGAAGAGCCCAGCUACAAAUCAGAGUUUACACAUCCUACCAAACCUGAAUCAGGAUUCUCUAACGAUUUCUCGUCACAGGAGACGAUCACAAUCACCGAUGGUCCAGGCCCCAGCUCUGUUUCCGCAUCUGAAACGAUUGUGUGUGCUCACUGCCUUGACCCGCUCGUCAUAAAUGUUAUGGGCUCCGAGGAACAAGUGCGCAAACGCAAGCUUUUUGCACUUCGCUGUGGCCACAUGUUUGAUGGGAAGUGCAUUAACGCGCUUAUGAAACCACAGCCUGUCCCAGUCCCAGACGUGGGCCAAGGUACCGAAGCAGACGAUUCAGCAACGGACAAAGGCAAAAGGAAGGAGACUGGUACAUGGGACGGGGGAUCAGAAUGGUCUCAGCUGGGAACAGGCAGUAACGGUUGGCCUCCGAAGCACAAUACCAAGGGAAAACAGCGAGCUGCCGAUCCUGAUGUCGAGACGUCACAUGCAUUAACUGUACCCACGAAGCGAAAGGGAACUCCACUCGAGUCUUCUUCGUCCACGUCAACAACAUACACUCGCUCACGUCUGAGGCCACGAACUGGAGGCAGCAAUGCCCUUGCCGCCGGACCGGCUGUUGCUAGUCCACUACAUAUCGUAUCUUCCGCGAAUGACAUGGCUGAGGGUUCCCAGUCAGUUCCUGAUGCAUCCGAAUCCAACACUCGCGGUCGCUCUCGCCGUGGCCGUCGUCGCGGGGGUGCGUCUGGGAAGGGAAAGGGUCGAGGAAAGGGGAAGGGUAAAGCUGCUGCUGCUCCAGUCAUCGAGGCUGAAUAUUUGUGGACCUGUCCCGUCCAAGGAUGCGGACGUGAGCACAAGAGCGUGCUUAUUGCUGGUGAAUGGCGUAUGGAUGAGGAACGCGGCGCCGUUGCAUUAUACGUCUAA